CCUCCUCCGAUACUGGAUCCAGACCCUCCCACAACAAGCGGGGAGGAGAAGCUCAUCUCCCCGGCAUCUCCCGAGGGAGAUACCGAGGAGAUCAUCUUUGGAGAGGAUGAAUGGGAGAUGGGAGACGAUGAGCUUGUCCCCGACGAGGGAGGAGUGGAGUUUGAAGGGGAUGACGAUGUGGAAGAAAUUGGGGAUUUCGAGCAGGAUGCUGCGGAUGUGGAUUCUGAAAGCCAAGACGGUGCAGCUGCCAGAACUUCUGGGUGUCCAAUAUGUGGAGCAAUCAUAGAGGAUUUGGCCAAGCUGCAACUGCACGUCAACGCAUGCCUCGACACCCCUCCAGUGGCCUCGUCCUCAUUCCCUCCAGCACCAAAAACACGAUAUCAACCGAAACAAAAACCAAUAUCCGCACGCUCACCAUCGCCCCUCAAGCCCCUCCCCAUCGACCCGUCCUACACCCUCCCAUCUCCGUCUUCCACCCUCGCCCCUCCUCCUCGGGGCAAUCCAAGCGCUUUCUCCGUCCUCAUGUCCCAGAACAAAGACCACCUCGCUUGGGCUGCUGCGGAGCAGCAUGAAGUACGUGGCCCACGGUCUGGGGCAGGAAGGAGGAAAGCCCCCUUUUAUAAGGUCAUGCAGGGGAUGCCUAUCGCCGUGGAUGCCUUUAGAUAUGGGAAGAUACCCGGUGUGACGGCAUAUUGCUUAACUCACGCCCACUCAGACCACUACACCAACCUCUCAAGCAGCUGGAAACAUGGCCCUAUCUACUGCUCAUCCACCACCGCAAACCUCAUCAAGCUCAAUCUUUCCGUUGCUCCCGAAUACGUCCACCCCCUACCACUCAACACGCCCACUACAUUACCCAACACAGGUGGGGUGCAAGUAAUAUUGCUUGAAGCGAAUCAUUGCCCGGGUUCAGUCUUGUUCCUCUUCAUCGGUCGGCAGACCGUGAACGCUGGUGACUCGCCGAUCUCCUCGCCCUUCGUCGGCUCGCAGCGUACGUUCAGAUACCUCCACUGUGGAGACUUCCGCGCCUGUCCCGCACAUGCCCUACACCCUGAGAUCAAGGGGAAAAAACUGGACCUCGUCUACCUGGAUACGACAUACCUAAACCCCAGGUAUUGUUUCCCUCCUCAAAGACAGGUGGUGGAUGCCUGCGCGAGUUUGGCGAAACGGAUGGUGCUAGGGACGGAAGAGGAGAAAGAAGACAAACCCAAGGGAGUGACUCAGAGUGUUCUCCGAGGAUGGUUCAAGGCGGAGCCUAAGGAAGAGGCCGUGGAGCCUGGUCUGGAGAUCGAGGAGGAACUCGCACUCGACCCAGAAGAAGAACUGGACGUGACGUUUAAUGGGGACCUUCCACCUCCUCUCCCUCCGCCUCCAAAGCCUCUUCCAGCUCCCCACCCUACCUCCGCUGCAGAAGAGAGCAAGCCCAGCACCCCAGGCAAAACACUAGUGGCUAUUGGCACUUACUCCAUUGGAAAAGAGCGUAUUGUCAAAGCAAUCGCGCUCGCCCUCGGCUCGAAGAUCUACUGCGACGCCCGUAAGCGAGGUCUCCUCUUAGCGCAAGACGACCCGGAGCUGCAUUCCUUGCUCACCACCGACCCGUAUUCCUGCCAGGUACAUCUGCUGCCUCUGCAGAGCAUCACAGUGGACCGCAUGCAGGACUACCUGGAGCAAUUCAAAGGGCUCUUUGACCGGGUCCUGGGCUUCCGCCCAACAGGGUGGACGUACGUCCCCCCAGCAGGGAUGGACGUCAUGCCCGACGUGUCGCGCGUGAUCGUGCGCGACCAGAAGCGGGUGUUUGACGAGACUGCCCUCAAGCCCACGCGUGCCGCUAGCCAGAAGUACAUGCUCUAUGGCGUGCCGUACUCUGAGCACAGCAGUUUCUUUGAGUUGACGUGUUUCGCUCUGAGUGUCGAUGUUGGCAAGAUCAUUGCCACCGUGAACGUGCACUCUGCCAGUAGCAGGGGCAAGAUGCAGAAGUGGUUUGAGAAAUGGGACGUAGAGAGGAAGCGGAGGAGGAAUGCCGGUCACGAAGUGGUCCAGUAUCGCACGGUGGACUAUUGGUGA